AUGGUAGUUGACACCACAUACUACGAUUUGUUGGGCAUCAAGCCUGAGGCCACUGCCUUGGACAUCAAGAAAGCAUAUCGAAAGGCCGCCAUCCGUUUGCAUCCCGAUAAAAAUCCUAAUGACCCAGAAGCCGCCGCUCGGUUCCAAGAGGUGGGGGAGGCGUAUCAGGUUUUAAGUGACGACUCUUUAAGAGCCAAAUAUGAUAAGUAUGGUAAACAGGAAAGCGUGCCGACCGAAGGGUUUGAGGAUCCUUCUGAAUUUUUCCUGAUGAUCUUUGGAGGAGAGGCUUUCAAAGAUUGGAUUGGGGAGUUAUCCUUGCUCCAAGAAUUAUCCAAAUCAGCCGAGUUAUCUGAAACCAAACCCACAGAACCUACCGCUGCCACAAACACCACAGCCACAGCCACAACCACAACUGAGUUUACUCACCACCAGCCGAGUUCAGAAACUACGGGGUCGGCUUCCAAAUUGUUUUUGGAAAGCGCAGAGGCUGCCAAUGCAACUGAAUUAGCGAAGAAAGAACAGGAGGAAAAGAGACGUAAAGAAGAACUAGAAAAGUAUGAAGAAGAGUGCCGGGUCAAGAAGAUCGAAAUGAGACAGGAGUUGACCACCAAAUUGGUAAACCGGCUUUCACUAUUCACUGAGACAGACAUGGCUGCUGAUAUUGCUGAAUCCUUCAAAACCAAAUUGAAGUACGAAGCCGAGUCUUUGAAAAUGGAGAGCUUUGGGCUUGAGAUAUUACACACUAUUGGAUCAAUCUACAAGUUGAAGCUGAAGAUAUUUUUAAAGAACCAGACCUUCUUGGGGCUUGGUGGUCUUUGGUGGUCUGUGAAAGAGAAAGGUGGGGUUGUCAGAGACACUUUUAAGACUAUCACCAGUGCCUUGGACGCUCAGCUGACUAUGCAAGAGUAUACAAAGAUGCAAGAGGAUAAUGAGUUCCAUGCCAAGAAGGAAGCUGAAGAGGAAGCAAAGAUCAAGCAAGAAGCUGAGGAAGAAACUAAAGCUGCUGAAGACGAGGUAACUCUUCUUGAACUGAAGCUCAAAGAAAUGAAAGUGAAUAUGGAGCAGGAGCAACAGCAACAGCAACGAGAACAUUCUGGCGACGGUUCUGCUUCUGCAGCUGUUAAGGAAGAAAAAAUUCCCGAGAAGCAUACACCUGAGGAAUUCGCUGAAAUGGAACAGUACUUGAUGGGUAAAGUGCUUGCUGCUGCGUGGUCUGGGUCACGUUUUGAGAUCCAGUUGACAGUACGGGCGGUUUGUGACAACUUGUUGUACGACAAGGAGGUUCCUCUUGAAAAGAGAAUCGCCAGAGCCAAAGGGUUACGCUUAAUUGGCGAAGUGUUCAGCUCCACCACCAGAACUGAUGAUGAGGCCGAAGAAGCCCGUGUUUUUGAGGAGUUAGUGGCCGAGGCUUCGAAGAAGAGACACAAGAAGAAGCAGCCUCAAGCUGAAGCUGAACCAAUCCCAACCGCAUGA